GUAGGAGUUCGAAGGGAAGUCUCCAGGGAAACUGGCCUCCCAGGAAGUAGCCAGACUAGUUAGUGUGUGGUGAAAGAGCCAGAAAGAUGUCAUGAAGGCAGGGACAUCUUUGCAAAGCUGGGGUAACUUCUGGAAUUCCUUAAUUAAAACAAGCUGCAUGAAAGGCCCCAGAACUGCCUCCAUCAUAGUUUUCCUUUGGACAUCCUUCCCAGGACAUGGGUCUGAGCUACGCCAAGGCUCACCCUGGGGUGACUAAAGUGGCACCUUUCCAAAGCAAAGAAGCAGAGACUCCCUCGGCUGGCCCUCUGAACUUUGCAGUUCAUCAGAACCUGGAAGAAAAUAAUUUGUAUUUAUUCACAAGACUGCAGGACCAGAAUAGGGCUUUGGAAGGGCAGCUACCUCCUCUUCGAGAAAACUGGUAUGGAAGGUAUUCGGCAGCACCCAGGGACAUGUAUUUUGACAUCCCACUGGAACCUGGAGAAACAAGUAUUAUUAAAAGGCAUCCACCACAAAGACUUCAAAAGCUUCAGCCCAUUGACCUGCCACAAGUAAGGACCUCUGAAAGGCUCCCAAGCCAGCAAGCAGCCAGGAUGAGGCCCAGAGCAAAGCAGGAACUGGAAAAGAAAAUGCAAACUCCAAUGUAUACUUCUGGAAAAAGACAGUAUUUACAUAAGAUGCAAAUGCUGGAAAUGAACCGUAAAAGACAAGAGGCCCAAAUGGAAUUGAAGAAAAGUCUUCACAGGGAAGCAAAAAUUAAUGAGCAAAAACCGAGAGACCAUAAAGCAAAAAAAACACUUCAAAGUGUCCCAAGGAAUGAUGACUAUGACAUUGUAACCAUGCUGCCUGAGGAAACCAUGAACAGAGGUCCAGAGGAAGAGACUAGAUCUGCUGAGGACCAGGUUCAUGCGCAAGGUCACACAGAGAGAGGUCCCGCUGGCGAGGGGAUGCAUGUCUGGGGGCUGACUCUGACCUUGCACACGUCCCUAUGCGGGGCGGAUGUUCUAGCAAUGACUCCUUCCUCCUCCCCGCCUCAGAGCAUCUUUGCUUCUCUGCCUUUCUCCCACAAGAAAUUCACAGGAUGCAGAAUUUUUGCAAUAUCAAGCAAGGAAUUACUAUUGUCCUUGGAAAAUGGGCAAAAUGGAAACAUGGUUCCAUGAACAAGAGGCCCGUGGACAGCUCCUCUGGGAUAGUUCUAGCUCUGACUCAGAACUGGGCAGAGAUGAGAAAAAACCUCAGCCACUCGUGAGGACCAGGACAGAGAGAAUCCCACUUUUUGAUGAGUUUCUUGAUCAGGAAUAAGUAGGCUACUCACUAACCUACAUGGUAAGGGUAAGCUUGAUUUUUCCAUCAAAAUCCUUCAAGUUACUAUAUGAAUCACUUUGAGGAAAGCAAUUCACUCUGGUAAACAGAAAGGCUAUCAUUUGGAGUCUUCUGAUUAACAAGUUUAUCAUUUACACUAUUAACUUGCUAUAGAACUAACUGCUCAAUACAGCCUUUGUGUGGGUGGCUGGACUCAGCAGGGUGGUUCUUCUGCUGGUUCUCUUUUGAGAUCUCUCAUGUGAUUGGAAUCACAAGGCAGUUGGGACUGAAGUCAUCUGGAGCCUGUACCAGGACUAAAACGGCUGGGCUUUGCUUAGUCUCCAUAGGGUCUCAGAGCCUCUUCACAUGAUCUUGGCAGCAGGUUAGUGAAAUUUCCUUCACAUAAGCCCAGAGCUCCUGAAAGCAAAUUUCCUUGGAGAAGGACUCAGAGGGUCCAGUCUAUAGUCACAGAGCUGGCUCAGCACCACUUCCUCCAUGUUCUGUUAGUUAACCUCAGUCAUGACCAGGUGCUUGCCAAUGAAAAGAAUCCUCAUGAGGUCACAGAUGCCAAAGUGUGGUCCUUUGGAGUCAACCUUGGAGUCUUGCCACCACAGCAUGCUUUUUCAAGCAAAUUAGAUCACAGGAAACAAAUAGAAGAGAUGGCAGAUUUGAGUUUUUAAAGAAUAGUCACGAUUACACUCUAUUACACAUUAAACUCAUUUAGGCUACGUUUUUGAGAGCUGGCCAUAACAGAGAGGCUUCAAGAAAGAAAUUGAAUCAUGUCAAAUGUGAAAGGUCACUGUGAAUUAAAACUCAAAAUUGAGACCUCUUAGAUUGUUAUAGUUUCCAGCUCCUUAAAACUAAAAGGAAUCUUAAAAUUUUUCAAUCCGCAAGUUAUUCCAUUUAUAAAAAUUAGAUUUUUAGGCACAUUUUUAAAGUACUUCUUUUGUGUAAAAUUCAGCUCUGUGUUCAGCAUAAUCUAACGAUAGUUUUAAGCAAUCCAAAAGGAUGCCAAGAAUUUACUUAAAAACUUUAAAACAAAGCAAAAACACUCUUCUAAGCCUUCAAUGGGAAAUUUUCAAAAAGGAAAAUAUGAUGUGAUUUGACACUCAGUCCAGCAAGACCAGUCCCUGGAAAAAAUAAAAAACCUGGGGUCUCAGAGGGGCAACAUUCUGCUCUCUUCCAAACACGGAAGGUGACGAGGCUCGCUCUUGGCGUUUCUUCUCCAGGUCCUUGUGAGUACCUUUCUCUUGGUACUACAUGAAAAGUUUAUUCCCAACAAAGGAAUACAUAGACUGUUUCACCAGCUAGCCUUUUCACUAAACAAGAUCUUUUCGAGAAUAAGGAAACCCAGUUUAUUCAUCAUGGGGGUGUGGAAGCCCUAGAGUGGGGCGAGAAAGCCCCAGCCCUGAAGACAGGAGGACACAGCAGCCUUCGCUACUCUCCUGUCCCUUGAAAUUGGAGGAAGCCACUUCUGUCAACUCUCUGGACUGUGAACAACAUGAGGCCACAGGCCACAUCUUCUCCCUGGCGUCUCUGCUUCCUAGAAUGACAUCCUGUGCAGAGUUCAUAUUCAACGCUUGCUGAAUUAAUUUCGGUGUUAAAAGUUAGCAAGCCAGCAAGGCACUUGUUUCUCUGCAGCUCUGCAGGGCUUGCACUCGUUGCCAUCAUUUCUCAAGAGCCUUGCCUAUGAUAGGCUGACUAGACAAUGAAGAAAAGGACCUUUUUCUCAAUCGCUGGCACAUGGACCUCUACACGGGCAGCCUAGACUGCACACUGCUGUGGGCCAGAGAAGCUAUCCGUGUAUGCAGAUGAAGAUGCCACCGCUCAGCAUAUCCUCGAAGCUAUCAGAAUGUGUUCACUGCAAAGGUAGUCAUGCACUCUCUUCGCUUGCUCCACGCUGAACUUUUUCACUUAACUCUAAGUUCAAGAAUUUGAAACUAUUAAUAAUGAUCGUAAUAACCACCAACAUGCAUGGACCAUCUGUGUAUGCCAGGUACUCUGCUAAUGCUUCACACAUGGAAUCUUCACAUCAGCUUUGUGUGUCAAUAUUAACAUCAUCCCUGUCUUACAGAUGAGGAAGCAGAGGGUCAGAGAAGUUCAGUAACUUCCCAGAGUCAUCCAGCAGGACUUUCCUUUGGGCUGAGACCACUGUCUACCAAAAGAGACUUGCUAGGAGCUGGGCUCUUCUCUCUUUUACCCAAUUUGAUUUCUAACCCAUCAGCUUCAUUCUAUGGCAUCCCACAUCUCUAUUAUGUGAUGGGUUUAGGGGGAUUGUUUGGGUGUUUUAAAGGUGGAAGAGUACACUAGAAGCUUGCGGGAUCAUUUUUAGAAAGGAGAAAUAGCUUACCCAGUAGCUGGGCUGCAGGCACAGGGAAGGCUAAAAGCACCAGAGAAGGCAGAUACUAUUGGAAAGCUCUGGCCAGUGCUGAGUGAACAUAGUGGCAAGCACUCAAGGAGAGCAAUAUCCAGCACUGGCCACGGGUCAGAGUUACCUGUUGAAUGAUCAAAAACUCAGUCAAGACUUCUGGGCCCAACUUUUGCUUUUGGUGGGUGGCAUAAGAGGUCUGGGUAUUUAUUUUAGGCUUUUAUGUGCAUCUAAUGUUGAGUACUUAAGACUGAAUCUCAGUGUGAAAAUCACAGUUUUUGCAGUACAAAUAUUCUUUAUUUUACCAAAAUUUAUCAACUUCUAUUGAAAAGCAACUUCUGAGGUAAUUUUUUAUGUUGUGUAUGAGACCUAGAACGCCACAACAGUGGAGAUUUGCUCAUUUUGUAAGUGAUUGUCCAUGAACACCAGUCUUAUAGUUAAUCUUAAAUUUGUUCUUGCAAUGUUCAGACAUGCUAAACACAGCUGCUGCUGCUGCUGCUGCUGCUGCUGCUGCUAAGAACUGUAAGAUUCAGCCUGGAGGCAAAGUUGUGUUUUCUUCAACUGAAAAAUCUCUCCAACUUUUGAAAGAAAAAGGGCUUGUGUGUGAUCAAAUGUGUACUUUCUCUUAUGAACAGAAUAUUUUCUAUCCUGCUUUGAAGUUUUCACAAGAAAAAUUUUUUUCAUUCAUAUCUUUGGAAAAUAUGUUUCUCUCAAUUGUUUCUUUGAAAAUGAAACAGCUGUUUUUCCUCAA